CGAAAGUCCCGGAGACGAACGGGGUCAGAGGAGACCCGAGUCCUGGAGGUCCAGUCUGGAGCCGAACCACAGCAGAACAAGGAAACUAAUUUAAUUCACCGCCAUCAGAAACACGAAGGACGAGGGAGAGAGGACUCGGUUCGAUUCGGCUUUGUUCGCCUCAGUUCCGGAUAUUUAAAAAAGUUUCUUUUUCGUUUUCCAUCCACAUUACGUUGUUUUGUGCCAGUUUCCCGAGUGUUUUUCAUUUAAACCGAGGACGAAACUCAGCAACAGCUGAGCGACUGUCGACGCGUUGCGCAACCGAAGCAAUAAUAAAACGGAGACAAAGACGUCACCAGGUCGCCAGCGCCAGUCCUCCCAGUAACCGAGCUACUGGUUCCAGCCCAACAAAGGGAAAAGCACAGAGACACUACAGCUUCACGUCUCCAGCACCACCUCGCGAGCACCGACUCUGCUGGUUUUCUACUGGGUUUCUACUGGGAUCCUGCAAAGCUGCUGGUCUGUGAGAACCUCAAGAUGAGCCUGGCAGAAAUUUCAGUCCGGUCCCAGCUCUGUCUGAAGAGGCUGUUGGACGAGCCCCAGGACAGUAUGUCGAAAUGUAAACGAGCCCGGCUGACUCCGCCUCCAUCGGUAACGGGCCUGGCGCCGUGCCUCAGGCCACGAAGCCCGACCCUGACGUCCCGUCAGGACCAGUCCCCGACCAAAGUAGGAGCCUACUUCCUGUAUGGGCGCCGCGAAGGGGAGGAGACGUACAGGGCAGUGCACGCACGUACGCAGCAGCAGCACACCUGCCAGGUGUUCCCUCUGCGUGGUUACCAGGAGCGGCUGGCUGCCUACAAUCGCAUCGGUCGCCAUGACAACAUCUGCGGCCUGCUGGAUGUGGUGAUUGGCCAGGACAACGUGUACGUCUUCCUGCCCGGCCACCACGGCGACAUGCACGCGUACGUGCGCAGCAGGAAGCGUCUGAACGAGGAGGAGGCGCGGCGGCUGUUUGCUCAGAUGCUGGACGCUGUGACGCACUGUCACCAACACGGCGUCAUCCUGAGAGACCUGAAGCUGCGCCGGUUCGUCUUCACCGACAAAUACAGGACUCAUCUCGCUCUGCUUGGCCUUGACGACUGUGUCCUGUUACACGGUAACCAUGGCGACGACUCUCUGACAGACAGACACGGCUGCCCGGCCUACGUGGGCCCGGAGCUGCUGACCAGCGGAAGCGGAUCCUAUUCGGGCCGCGCGGCGGACAUCUGGAGCCUGGGCGUGUCUCUGUACACCAUGCUGAUUGGACGCUACCCGUUCCAGGACACGCAGCCCGCCGCGCUCUUCACCAAGAUCCGCCGCGGCACCUUCAGCAUGCCCGACUGGCUCUCGCCGCAGGCCAAGUGCCUGAUCGGCUGCAUGCUGAGGAAGUCGCCUGUUGAGAGACUAGAGGCGCCUGAGCUGCUGAUGCACCCGUGGCUGACUAAUCCAUGCACGACGCCUUACAACGUGAACAAGACCCAGCACAGCUCCCACACAGGACAGAAUAAACAAGAGGACGAGCAGGUGGUGCCGACGUGGACAGAAAAAAACUAAAACUUAAGAACUUAUGUGCACCUUUACUUCCAAACGUGAGGACUUUACAUAUAAAAAUUGACCUUUACCAAAUAAACUACAAAACCUGGACCUGAUUCUACCUGUAAAACCCCCUGGUGCAUUUAUACGUGACCUCUUUGGUUGAGUUACCAGACAGUUUGUCCCAAAUACACCAACCGCAGGAUGUUUUAUCUAAUAGAUGUUAUUUGCAUAAUUUCUUUAGAAACCUCCCCAAACCUGCACAACCAACCUGCAGCCUGAUAACACUAAUAAUGCUCAGUUCAGUUAAUUCAUUAUGAGAUCACGCAAUACUAACACCUGCACAAGCAGCGUUAAACUGUGGCCUGCUGUCACUCAUCUGAAUCUGAACGAGGGCAGAAUUGGCUCAUUAACAGUCCAAUUUGGUUUAACUGAACCCACCAACAUGUGAAGCACAUCCUUAAACCAUAGAAAACAUCAAAACAACAAACUGCACACACUGAUCCUGGAUUACUUGACACUCCGGUGCCUUUAUCCCGCUGUAGGUGUGUUUCAGCCUCUUAAGACGGAGCCCUGACCCGUGAAGUUGGCCGCACCUUGACUCCUGAACCUGAUCCCUGUCUUCCACAACAACGGCUCUACCAGUACCUGAGACAAACCACAGCCUGUGGUGUGUUCAGGUGCUUCUCAUCAACUCAAAAUGGAGAUUUUAGAAUUAUUGUGACAUUAAAGCCAAUUUUUGGCUAAAGUUGUAAACCUCUAAACUCAGUCAGUGUGGGAGGUGCGCUUUCAUACCUGGUUAUGGCCAUUUUUGCUUUAAAGAGUUUAUGAAGAGAAUCUACACUCGAACACUUUGAGUGUAGGUUCACAGCCUCUGAUGAAUAUUAUUUCCUCAGUGUUUAUCGGCACGUCUCCCUCAGGUCAUAGAAGAAAGAAAAGCCAGUGUCGUUAAAGAUCAUGACUAGCAAACAAUGACAAAGUGUUUAAGUUGAAGUGUUUUGAUGACCCUGGUUUGACUUGACUCAUUACUUUUUAUGCAUUUCAGCUUCAGUUACACAUUUUCAUUAAUGAAGUGAUUGUGGCACACACAACAACAGUUAUCCUGACAAAACAAUUGACUCAUUCUGAUUCUGAUAUACAUUUAUAGUUUCUUUCUUAGGGUGACAAAUACUUUGCCUGUAUUAACACUAACGACUGAAUGAAUCAAGUAAACAAUCAAAGGGAAAAUGAUAAUCUAACAUUACUAGAUUAAUAUUAUUCCCAACACACUAUGACUAAAUUUCUCCAGACUCUGAGCAGCAGAACUGCAGCAGCCAACAGGAUGCCUUACAACAAAAGUGUAUAAAUCAAACCUCAGUUGAAUAAAGAUGUUUUCUAAAAUG